AUGAAGCUGAACCAGCACAAGGAUGUCUACGGCAACCCAAUCUCUGAACCCGAUAAAUCCAACCCUACUCGGAGCCGAUGGGAGCGACCUCUCGACACAAUUCGUAGCUUCGAAGCCGCCAUCGAUGGGCCCUACCGGAGGCCAACCUUGAACCGCCCUCAGUCCGAAGCAGAUUGGAACAGAAGGGGCAGCAUCUAUGGAAAUGGAAACCGCAACUAUGCCGCGAGCCGCGCCCAGAGUCUGCUCUCUGUCCCCGGAAAUAGUAAUCGGUAUCCCCAGGACAACUACUAUGGGAGUCGCCCCACUUCGCAUUUCGACCCACGACCUUCGCCCCGGGAUAGCUAUCACGACCCGCAACACUACGGUGGAUACCCACCAUACGGAAGCAAUGGCAAUGGCGGGUUUCCGGGCCAAAACGGAUACGGCGGAGCCCCGGACCUAACGGACCUUGGGCUCUUUCGACCGGAUAUCGCCUACCAAACCGCCCCCGUGCCCGCACAUGACUAUGGCAUCGGAUUCCAGGGACAACCAGCCUAUCAGCCACAGCCCUUCUCCGUCCAUCCUAAUGGGCAAGGUCCUGUCACUUUGCAAAAGAAGCCGGUACCAGGAACCUUGGCCAGCAACCUUCCGCCCACCGUGCCCCGAAAGGAUGUCAUGCCCCGGGCGAACCUCGCCCCAGCCAAACCCCAGCCGGAGAAGAGAAAGAGCUGGCUCUUCCGCCGCUUCAGUAGGAACUCAUAG